UUUUUUUUGUUUUAAUCUUGUAAAAAAAGAAAUGUCACCGACAAUUUUCUACGGUAAGUUACUGAAUCCGUCAUAGAUUUCAUUCGAUAAACCUGUCGUCCGUUGGAUAAAAAAAAAAAGAUUCGAUCGUAGAUCUCGAAAGAUUCCCACGAUAAAGAGAUAAUAAAGGAGUAUUAGUAGUAGUAAUAGCCAGUGGUAGUAGUCUAAGAUCCAAAAGAAAGAUAUCUCUGGUUUUGUCAUUAACGACGAAGAAAUUGUAUGGUAUAGCGAGAGCUUAACUAGCGAGCUUAAAGCGUUACGAUCGCGAAGUGUACCUUGAACGUUGCCGGAACAGCGUAUUAAAGAUAGAUUAGACUCCCACGAUUCCAGCACGAUCAUCUAACCGUUCGACAUUACCGUAGACCGUGCAGUAGUUAAAUCAGUUAAAUCAGUCUCUCGUGACUCAAGUCUAAGUCGUGGAGUUUAAUACUUGCGUUUCUUCAUCGAUUUAAAAUCAUGGAAUUCGUGUGAUAUUUUUCACGUUAAUGAAAGAAAAGAAAAUCAAAAUGAAAAUAUUGUUCUCUGUAUUAAUAAGAAAGAUAAAGAGAGAAAGGGAGAGAGAGAUAAACGAUGAGCCUUAAUGAAACGGUAUAUAUCGAACUGGUGGUAAACGUAAUAUGGUGUCUACAAGUGUACGGAUAUUUUUGGACAUAGCAUCUGGUUGGACGUAAACCUUUGACGUCUUGACUUCGGAAAUGGUCAGUCGUCGUUUGCUCUUGCGUUGGUUAUAAUCCUUGAGACUAGAAAUCUGAUUUUGUUUCUCUUUAUUUUUCAAAGACGAAUCUAUAAGACAACGAUUUCUUAUGGCAAAUCAUACGGGACCAGCAGAUAUCGCGGAAGUUACGUUCCAAGCUUAUGCAAGACAGCAGAUAACAAACGAGGAACCGCGAAGAUGUUAUCAUUUGAAAAUUCGAUUUAUUCUAAUGGCAAUAGUUUCCACAGUGAUCGCUUCUCUUAUUAUAUAUUGGUUCAUUAAUUCGAUUCUGGUUAAUCACAAUGAAAGUAAGCAUUUUGAUUCGAAUAGGUAUCGUUCUGCUUUGAGAAAACAGUCUCACUUUCAACUUCCUAGUCAGGUUAUACCAUUGGAAUAUACAUUGCGAAUAAUUCCGUUAUUGGCAGAGAACAAUUUUAGUAUCAUCGGUGACGUCAAGAUUCAACUUUAUUGCAAACAUCCGACAAAACACAUACGGCUUCAUUCUCGUAAAUUAAAUAUAAAGAACGUCAAAAUCACGAACAUUCGUCCCGCAAACAAAUCGUACAUUAUCGAGAAUUACAAGUUAAUUUCGGACGAUGAAUUUCUCGAUAUUUUUCUCUUACAACUUUUGAUCAAAAAUCAAAGUUACAUGCUGAGCAUUAGAUAUACCGCUGAUUUAAACGAAGAACCGAUUGGAUUGUUUCGUAGCAAAUAUAGAAACAAGAUAUCUAAUGUUACAAGGUGGAUAGCCGUAUCGAAUUUUUAUCCUGAUUUCGCUCGAAGAACUUUUCCAUGCUUCGACGAACCAUCAAUUAAGACUCCUUUUCGAAUCUCGAUUAGUCGAAAGAUCGACAUGCGGACUCAUUCAAAUUCAAUACUUAUUGCCACCGAGAUAAAUCACGAUAUAUCAGGUCAUGUUUGGGAUCAUUACAAUAAAACCCUACCAAUGUCGACGUACUUGGUAGCUUUCAUGGUGACUGACUUCCAAAGUUAUCAGAUCAACGUUACCGAUCGGCCAUUUCAUAAUGUGUUCGCCAGAAAAGACGUGCAAAAUGAUACCAUGUAUAUUGGAAAUUUAAUACCUCGGAUAGUCAGGCUCAUGCAAAAUUUAACGGGAUUCCAUUACGACUUGGACAAGCUCGACAUGAUAGCGGUACCAAGUUUGGCAUAUUCGUCGAUGGAAAAUUGGGGUCUCAUUACGUUUCGGGAGAACAACAUACUCGUGCGAAAUAAAAAGCAACAUCUUGAUAGCAAGCUAAGAUCCGCGAUUAUAGCGUCGCACGCGGUGGCACAUCAAUGGUUCGGUAAUUUGGUGACGCCAAAAUGGUGGUCCGAUGUAUGGCUAAAAGAAGGCUUUUCUUCUUUCUUCGGUAUUAAGGCUUUGAGCAUGAUCGAAUCGUCUUGGAGUAUGGAGUAUAUUAUGGCGGGGCAAUAUCGUAAAAUGUUUGAGAGAGAAGCGAAGGAAAAGGCAUACCCGUUGUAUCUCAAUUUAAGUAUGAAAAAAUCACUUCGAGAUAUAUACGAUUCAAGGGCAUAUCUAAAGGGCAAUUGUCUCGUCAAUAUGAUAUUUCAUUUUCUCGGCGAGUCGAUUUUUUUUUCAUCGAUCAAAAGAUACAUAAAUAUUUAUCGUCACGGUGCCGCCGAUCAGGAAGAUCUUUGGGAUAUAUUUCAAGAGGAAAUAAAGUCGAGGUCACAUAUGGAAUUCUCCAUGAGAAAUAUUAUGAAAAAUUGGACCGAUCAUGCAGGAUUUCCGGUCGUUCACGUCCUAAGGAAUAACGAGACCGGUCUUGUUGAACUAACGCAGGAGAGAUUUUAUAGGGACGCUUUAAACCCUCAUGGUACGAGCGAGGAAUUAUGGUCCAUCCCUUUAACGUGGACAAUCGAAAGUGAUCAGCGAUUCGAUGGGACGUUGCCGAAGGCAUGGAUGCUUGAAAGACGCAUGGUGAUUAAUGAUACUGGCUUGAGUGAAGCAAUUUUCAAUAAUCAAUGGAUUCUCUUUAAUAUCAACCAAACAGGAUUGUACCGAGUGAAUUACGAUGUAGAAAAUUGGAGACUUUUAACGAAUCGAUUCGAUAUCCUUCCCGAAACGACAAAGCUCCAGAUCCUGAAUGAUGCCUUUGCUAUGUUCAACGCAGGAUUACUCGAUCAAGCUUUCCUCUGGAAGAUUCUUCUUAAGUUCAACGUUGAUACCGAGGAAACAGUGUGGUUGUCAGUUAAGGAUGCCUUCAAAUAUAUCGAAUAUCGUCUAUGGGAUUCUCAAGUUUUCGAGUUUGUAACGUGCAAAUUAGUCGAGGACGUAUACAUUUCGAAGGUAAAAAAUUUGUUUGAAAUCGACAUCGAUAGCUGGAGUACAUUUAAUUUCGAAAUGACAAAAUGGGCAUGCUCGAUGGGACACAAAACUUGCAUAAAAUCCGUUCUGAAUUUUGUAGAUGAAUUAUUGGAAAACGAUACCUCGAUAACAGAUGAUCUAACGAGGGAAUUUCGUUUGUGGGCCUAUUGUACGUACGCUAAAUUUUCUUCGGAAGAACAAUGGUCGAAGUUAUUGGCCAAAUAUCACGAAGCAAAAGAAAACGAUAAAUAUAGCCUCGCUUAUGCUCUUGGUUGUACUCUAAAUAUAACUUUGAUCGAACGGUAUUUGUCGUCGAUUUCACUCGAAAAUAAAAAUUCGAAGAAUAAUGAAAAUCAAUAUGUCGAGGUUACGCUUAUGGCUAUCGCUAAUAAUCCGAGUGCACUUAAUCUAACGAUGGCCUUUAUAGAACAACUCGAAAACGUUGAUAAAAGUAUCGAAUAUUACGAUCCAUUGGUUAACAUUUUUUACGAUUUCUCCACUACUAUGGAUCAAGAGGAGAACGUUAAAUGGCUAACACGUUUCAAAGGUUCUCCUGGCAGUAAGUACGAUACACUAAUCGAGACGAUAAUUAAUGACGUCAAGUUCAACGUCGCUUGGAACCGAAGGCACAAGAACGUGACGAUCGACCGAUUAAGGAUCAUCGCAGAUACUAUGAACGAGAGUAAGGAUUGCCUGAAAAAUGGAAGAAGAAAUAUUUACGAUUAACUUUAACCUAUGAAGUACCAUCAUUUUCAAAUGGAUUCAAAACUUUGGAAAAACAAAUUGAAUUUUUGUCUGUGCCAUGAAGUGAACGUUCCUAUGUAAGGGAUUGAUUCACGGCCAGUUAUAAUACCGCCAAACCAAAACCCUAAUAGAUUCAGGUCAAUGCCACUACCGUUCUUCGAAGUCGUUCAUUAUGUGGGAAGAGAGGCCCCGUUCUCAUGCCACACAGGUUGCAGUACCUGUGCGGCAGGCUCGAGGUAGGAUUUGCCAAGAACUCGAAGAUAGACCCUCGGCUCUCCCCCUGUCCUUCUCUCUCUUUCUCUCUCUCUCUUUCUCUUUCUCUUUCUCUCUCUCUCUUUCUGUUUCUCUCUCUCUCUCUCUUUCUCUCUCUCUCUCUCUCUCUCUCUUUCUCUCUCUCCCACCAUCAUCUCGUUCCCUCUCCCUCUCCUUCACCGCUGAAAACCUAUUCACGAAACCGUCGACGAUAAAACCUUUCUCUCUCGUUAAUUUUGCAAAGAGACCCCACGAUCCCCGUCGAUAAAAAUCGCUCAACUUACUCCUGUGCCCUUUUCUCUUGACCAUUUUCGAAAUACCCGUUGACUAUGGGUUCGUUGAAAUAAAUUACCUCGGAAUCAUUGUCUCUCUUCCUUCUUUUCCUCCUCCUCCUCCUCCUCUUCCUCCUGCCAUCUCUCCCACCUCCUCUUCGAAAU